AUGAACAAGAAUCAAAUUCAAAAUGCAAAUGUUCGCAAGCCAUCUAAUACAUAUUUAAAAACUGAAUUCAAUAAUACUUCUUAAAUCAAAGACAAUAGAAUUACCACUGAUCCAUCUCCUAAAAAAGCAAAUAAAGAGAAUAUUGUUAAAGCCUCUUAUCUAAAAGCAACACUUUCAAAUCAUUUAAUUAAAUAAGAUCGUAACAAUACACCAAUAUUACCUAAAAGCAGUGUGAUUAGUUUAUUUUUAAAAUAAAAGUAAGAAGAAUAGGUAGUUGAAUCCAGAAAAAACAUUUGUUCUGCACAUUAAAAGAAAUUUAAAUAUGAGGCUAAUGAUUAAUAAAUGUGUAGUAAAUGUGUAGUUGAUUAUGCUAUUUAAUCUGGCUUACCUAUACGCUUUUAUGAUUAAGAUAAAAAAAUGCUUACUUUUGGUUAGGAAGAGGAUCACGAUGAAUUUUAACUUUUUACUUCAAAUACAUCAAAAGAACUUCAAUAUAUUUAGAACAUUUAGACAUAGGCUAAUGGUAUAAUAAAAAAAAAAGAACUUAAAGAUUUUGUCGUAAAAAUUGGGGAUGUUAUCAGUUAGAAUAUGCAAUUUCUAAAAUAAAUCCAAUAACAUUAAAAUUAAUAUGAUAAUCCUAAAUAACAGACAUAUAAAAUAUUAGAAGAACUUUAACAAAUGAGCAAACAGAUUAUAAUAGACAUUCUUGAUAAAUAAAAAAGUUAAUCAAAAGGUUUACUUAUGAAAGAUGUUCCUUAAUAGAUUAAUUUAACAAGUUUUAAAUCUGUAGUUUCUCAAUAGAUUAAUGAUCUUUAGAAUAUCAAAAAAGACAUUUUAGAAAAUGUUGAGAAUAUUAUAACUUAAAUGGACAUAGCUCCAUUUAAAAUAAUAAUCAAUAAAUAUAAUGAAAAACUAAGAGCUUUUUAAAACACUCUCAAUGAAAUUUAAGAAUAAUGUAUUUCGUAUUUUUAGUGUAGAUAAACAAUUUCCUAAAUAGAAUGAAGAUUAUGGAUACAUAAAAAGAAUGAGAGAAUUUAUUUUCUAAAAGAAAUUAUCUAAAUUAUUAACAGAAUUGAUGUAAAAUCCUUUUCAUAAAUCUUUAUAACUUACAGAUUAGAGUACAAAUAAAAAUAAUUUAUAAAUUAGUUAAUAACAAUACGAAAUUUAUCCAAUUAUUGUAAAAAGUGAAUACAAAUUAAAAUACGAAUACAAUAUUCUAUUAAUCAAUUCUGAAAGUAGUAAUUUAAUUAAUUAAAGGAUAUAAAUUCAGAUGAAAAAGCAAAAUAAAUUAAGUCCAUAUCAAAAUGA